GGAGGCGGAGGGAGAGGGGGGCUCUGCGAGGGGUUGAAGGAUGAGACAGGGUUAAGUUAAAGAUUUGACUAUUGCGUGUGUGUUCUAUGGACUGCAGCUAUGAAUGGAAGAAGAUAGAUUUUCUGCUGCUGCGAGUGAAUUGGAUGAGUUCUUUCCGGACAGUAAUGUGGAUAUAAAGGACAGAUCAUGGAUCCAGAAGAUGUUUUGGAUCUUAGACAGAAGAAGAAGUCUCUUGAGUCAUCAGAAAUUGAUCAUCCUUUAGAUCUGCGUAUACCUAAAAUCCAGAAUUUACCUAGUAGAACACCUGUAACUAGAGUUGAAUUGGAUUUUUUCCGCCCAUCUGUAAUUAGACCUAAUCUACACUUCUCACCAAAUAUUUCAAUUCAAAGAUCUCGAUGGAAUCAUCGAUCUCAUCCAUCUAUUGAUAGUGAUUCAAGUUUUGAAAGUGAACAGGAAAAUGAAUAUUCCCAUAAUGGAACUCAUGAAAGGAUUAUAAGAAGAGAAAGUACAAGUACUACAGACACAGAAAAUGACUCUGAGACCUGUGAAUCAAGUUCCACCCUAUCCAUGGGAUUUUACAAGGAAUUACCCGCUUUGACUGCUAAUGUAUCAUUAGAACAGAAGAAAAGAAAGAGUAUGAUUUUAGAGCUGUCAUCAUGUCAGGCAGAAAUAAUGGAACCUGAGGAUGUUCAAUCAGAACUGGAAAACCACGCACACAAGGAAGCUUAUGUGAAUGACAAUGAAGAUAAUGAUGAAAUUAAUGCCAACUGUCUACAGAUUAUUGAUACGGGAACUUACAUUGAAGAACUUAUUCAAAUGCAAACUCAAGAAAAGAAAAGCCCAGGUAAAACUAAAGGUAACGUAACUUCUCUAAUCCAAGAAAGAGCAACAAAGUAUAUCAAGGAAAUCCAUAAGACAAGGUCAGAUAUUUGUUCAAGUGGUCUUAAUCUUGAAAUGGAUGGUAAAAAGAAGCAACAAUGUCUCAAAUGUAAUGAAGAGUUUUACAGUGCUGCUGCAUUAUUAAAACACCUUAUGACCCACUCCUCUCUCAACCCUGGGGAAAAACUGAUUAAAUGUCCUGUCUGUACUAAGAGGUUUUCAACAUUGAACACGUUAGAGAACCAUAUUCAAAAGCUACACACUGGAGAAAUGAAGUAUGUGUGUCAUGCGUGUGAACUUCCUUUCAAAUAUAGUACUCAUCUGAGAAAGCACAUGAUCACAUCACGUUGUGGAAAAGGGACCAAGAAUAGCUCCCAAGUCUCCAUCUAAUGCCAAUGUAAUACUUGUGUAAUACUCUUAGUGCUGUCCCCUUUCUCCCCUAAAAACGAAAAUCAGAAAAUUUUAUGAAAUGUUUUUUCACAUUUGUAUUGAUUGGUAUCUCUUGCAUAGUCGAGCACUUUGUGCCAUGUUGUUGAAGAAAAGUUCAGACAUGUGAAAUAUUUGUCAUCAGACUGAUUUUGUUAAUCAAACUAUGAAUCGACUUCCCUGCACAAUCAUCGACUCUUAAAAAAAGAAAGUCAUUAGUUAUUUCAAUUAUAUGAGAAUGAGUUCCUCAAUUUUUUCUAAAAACGUGUUACGCUUAGUCAUAUUACAGGGACGUUAUACAAACAAUAACACUCAACACAUCUGUGACUUUUAAUCUCAAAUUUCCAUUGUCAAGCUUGACAAUUGAACUGUGUCUUUAUUGUUCUUAUUCUUUAUUGUGCACUUUUUAAAUCUAAAGCAAUAAACCUAUAGAAUUAAGUGUAGAUAGUAGCAUGUUGUGGUUUCUAUAUGUACAUAGUGCAAUAAUUUUGUUACACUUUUCAUAGUAGCAGAUUUUGAGAUGCAACAUCUUAAAUUCUGUUUCCCUUUGCAAUAACUUGAAUCAACUUCUGCACUCUGUUUAUUACAACUUAAGUUUUAUACUUUACCUUGGUAAAAUAGUGACAUGUUCUGUGGUCUCAUAUUAAUAUGACGUUCUCUGGUUCCUCAUAAAUUAGCUCUUAACAUAUGAGUCACCAAAGAUAUUUAGGUCUUCUGUGACCUUAUUUGUGGCAUGAGACUGUUCAAUAUUUAUUAUAGUUUAGGUGAAAGCUUUAUUUUUGUUUUGUUUUGCUUCAAGCAAACUGACUCUUGGGCUUUAUUUGUUUCAAUUUUAAUUUCCAAAGACAAUCAGUAUUUUAACCCAAAGAACACAUGUGUGUGUGCUUAUAAAAUGUUGUUCCUAAUAGCACUGUAUGUAGUAAUAAUAUGAAAUUUGACUAACAGAAAAAAAUUCCAAAUCAAUUUUCUGACAAUUCAGUAAAGCGUUCCUAGAAUUGUUAUUAACCUUCUGCUAUAACUCACGCAUUCUCAAUUACUUAUUCAUCAUUUAAAUGAAAAGCAAUGGAUGUAUUCUUUUUCAAGAAAGGGGAGGGGCGCUUGCAAAGUGCCAUUUUAAAUCUAUAUCACUACAAAUAACAGUUCCAAGCAACUCACAAGAGUUUGCUACCAAAUGUUGUUGAGUUCUCUUAUUUACCGAUAAUUUGAUGGUUGGUGGUACCUUUUAGUAUCUGUAGGUCUGUUCUUACUUACUCAUAUUCUCAAGCAUAUGAAGAAUGAAUUUUUGAAUAGAUGAAAUGAGUUACUUAAAGAAUCUUGAUAUUUUUGUAGUUCUAGGCUCACCAAACAAUACAAACGGUUAAUUGAAAGUAGAUUUUGUCAUACUGUAUGUGAAUGUAGGAGCAGUAGUAAUGAUCAGUCAUAAUUGACGUUUUUCUUAAAUUGUUUGGAUUUUAGUGACUGCACAAUAGGCACUGUUGCUUUGACUAGCAGAAGACUCCAAUAAUAAUUGAACAAUAAUUUUGUGUAGCUUCUAAGUUGUUAAUUGUUGAUGUAAAAACUAGUUUUUCAAUGCUCAGUUUUUGUUAAUUUUAUACUAAAUCUAUAAACAAGAAUUUGAUCAGACCCAAAAGAAAACAUACCGCAAGUUUCUGUCAAAUCCCUUAAGUCACUAUUUCUGCAUUUUUAUUAAAUCCUAGCAUGACCAGGUUUUAUUAAACAAGUACUUUUAUUGCCCUGUCAUUCAUCCCCUCUAGUCUGUUAUUCUGAAAGAGUACAAACGUAUCAAUUGAAAUUAUUAUAUUUGACUAGAGUAAUGUAAAGUAUGCUGGAGUUUUAAUCUUGUUGUCAGACUCUGCUCAUUCUUAGGAACAUAGGGACACAAAAGUUAGGCAGAUCCUGAGAUCCUGUUUAUGAUGUUUUUUGCCACAGAGCUUGGCCUGUUGAGUGCCUUCUAAGAAAACUUUUUAAGCUUUUUGUAAGCAAAUUGUCUGUGCUCAUGCUCAACUUACAUUUUGUAGGUAUUCACCUUCCUUUUAUUUUGAGAUCACUCUCUAGACUAUCUAGACUAAUUUAGAAGAGGUAGCCUGUGCAUAAUUUUAGAUGUAAUGAAAUGUUGUACAAGAAUUUUUCUUGGAAGUUGGAAAUAAAUUUCUGAUUUCAAAGGUCUACAUGACUGGAUUGAGUUAAAGCAGAGUUGUAAUCAUUAUUUUAAGCAGAGCACUGAUUUAUAUGGUUAGGUAUGUAGACUGGUAAUUUGAUAGAUCUCUACUAUGCUUUAGAUAUUAUGUUUUCAUAGGAAUACUGUAUUACUGAGGUAGUGGUGCACCAUGGCAAGUAAUUUUGUUUUAUAAAAAUACAUAUCUGCAGCUGAGAUUCUAUGGACCCUGCUCUGGUUGUAUACUGAGGUGCUUCUUUGGAGUCUCUUUUCCCACCUAUGUCAACAAUUGUAACCAAUUUUGAUCAACACCGUACUGCUGUUUUGAGAGAUGUCUAUUUUUUGUCAUGUAUUAGUUUGACACCAUUUAUUAAAAGAUGUUCAUCCAACAA